CGUCCUAUACUCUGCUAUCCUUAGCUUUUGAUGCAUAAGAGGGAGCCCAAGGUACCUAAUAGGGAGUGAUCCUAGGUUGAAACCAAGAGAUGCCAUCUAGGAGGUUUCAACUUGGCUCACUCCCGCUAGGUACAGGUCUGUUUUGCUCUUGUUCAUUGUGAGCCCAGAGACCUCUACGAAUUCUUUAAACGCUAUUAUUAUGUGGUGUAGCUCUGAUACCCGGCUAGGUUAUCCAAAAAUGCUACUGUUACGAUCUUCAACGAUUUUGUUAUGUGGUGUAGUUCUGAUUCAGCUGUUCGCUCCUCGAAUCGAUGCUCAAAGAUCAAGAAGUCGAUGGCAGACACUCAGUGGUGAAGCUCCACGUGUGAUUGCUCGUGGUGGGUUUUCUGGAUUGUUACCAGAUUCGAGUCUUGAUGCUUACAAUCUUGCAAUCCAGAAAAGUGUAGCCGAUGUUGUUCUAUGGUGUGAUGUUCAGCUAACCAAAUAUGGAGUUGGGAUUUGCUUCCCCGAUUUAAACCUGGCCAAUGCUUCAACUGUUCAAUAUGCUUACCCAAAGGGUCAAAAAUCUUACCCAGUUAAUGGAGUCACUACUCAGGGUUGGUUCACCAUUGAUUCCACCAUGAGAGAUCUCCAGAAUGUAGCCUUGAUUCGAGGAAUAUUAUCCCGAUCAGAUAGAUUCGAUGGAAAUGGAUAUACGAUUCUCAUGAUUCAAAAUGUAGCCGAGCAGAUUAAGCCACAAGGAGGUUUUUGGUUAAAUGUUCAACACGAUGCGUUCUAUGAGGAACACAAUUUAAGCAUGAGCAGUUUUCUAUUAUCAGCUUCAAAAACUGUUUCCAUGGACUUCAUCUCUUCCCCUGAAGUGAAUUUCUUUAAGAAAAUUGCUGGCCGUUUCAAGCGUAAUGGACCGAGUUUCGUGUUUCAGUUUCUCGGGAAAGAAGAUGUCGAGCCGACAACAAACCAAACAUACGGUUCUAUCUUGAGUAACCUAACUUUUGUCAAGACGUUUGCUUCAGGGAUUCUUGUUCCCAAGUCAUAUAUAUUGCCACUUGAUGACAAGCAGUACUUGAUUCCUCAUACAUCAUUAGUUCAAGAUGCUCACAAAGAAGGAUUGAAAGUAUAUGUGUCAGGUUUCGCAAAUGAUGCUGAUAUUGCUCAUAACUACAGUUUCGAUCCAGUGUCUGAGUAUCUAUCUUUUGUGGACAAUGGCGAUUUCUCUGUCGAUGGCAUGCUCUCUGAUUUUCCCUUAACUGCAUCUGCUUCCAUCGACUGCUUCGCCCACAUUGGCAGAAACGCUACAAAACAAGUGGAUUUUCUUGUAAUAUCAAAAAAUGGUGCGAGUGGGGACUAUCCUGGAUGUACGAACUUGGCAUAUGAGAAGGCAAUCAAAGAUGGUGCUGAUGUUAUUGAUUGCUCUGUCCAAAUGUCCAGCAACGGUACACCCUUUUGCUUAAGUUCUAUCGAUCUCGGGGAUAGCACAAUGGUCGCACAAACUCCUUUCAGAAACCGUCUUACAACUGUUUCUGAAAUUAGCUCAGAUGGUGGAAUAUACACUUUUAGUCUAACAUGGCCUGAGAUCCAAAAUUUGACUCCUGCUAUUUCAAACCCUUACAGGUCAAACAGUAUGUUAAGGAAUCCGAAUGAGUCAAAUUCUGUAAAUCUUAUUUCGCUUUGUCAAUUCCUAGACUUGGCAAAGAACUCCACAUCUCUCUCCGGUGUUUUGAUCAUUGUUGAGAAUGUAGUGUACCUGAGAGAGAAGCAAGGGCUCGACGUUAUUAGAGCGGUUCUGGACACACUCACAGAAACUGGUUACAACAACAUAACCACAACAAAGGUCAUGAUUCAGUCUACGAACAGCUCGGUUCUACUUGAAUUCAAAAAACAGAGCAAGUACGAGACUGUCUACAGAAUUGAAGAAACCAUUAGUGAUAUUCUUGACUCGGCUAUACAAGACAUAAAGAAAUUUGCUAACGCUGUUGUCAUCGGAAAAUCAUCAGUCUUUCCCGCCACUAAAAGGUUUGUCACUGGGCAAACCGCGGUUGUUGAGAGGCUGCAGAAGUCUCAGCUUCAGGUUUAUGUGGAACUAUUUCAGAAUGAGUUUGUCUCUCAAAAACUCGACUGGUUCUACGAUGCAACUGUUGAGUUAAACACAUAUACCUAUGGAGCUGGUAUCAAUGGAACCAUUACAGAGUUCCCUUUCACAGCUGCAAAAUACAAAAGGAAUCGAUGUUUGGGCAGAAAAGUAAUACCACCUUACAUGUCAGCUAUUCAACCCGGUAACCUCUUAAAUAUUCUUGUGAGUUCUCCGGCCUUCCCUCCAGCCCAAGCUCCAAACCUUGUUUUCACAAAUGCUGAUGUCAGUGAGGCACCACUACCUCCGGUAGCAAAAGCCUUAACCUCAUCAACCAAUGCAGGAGCACCUAGCGGACAAACCCGACUCCCUAUUUCUAUUUUUCUCUCUGAUCUCAUCUCCUCUCUGUUUUAUAAUAUCUUUAGCCCUCGCGUAUUUUUCCUUGGGUAA